UGUAACAAACCCUUAAUUCCAGAAAAUAAAAAACCUCAGAUACUUGGCCGAGGAAGAAGGCGAAGCACAGCCAAAAUGUCGUCGUUUUUGCAAUCACUUUUGGAUCCGAAGAAGAGCUGGUUAGCUUCUCUGCAUAUGAAAGCCCUUACCACACGCCUCCGCAAAUACGGCCUUCGUUACGACGAUCUGUACGAUCCUUACUAUGACUUGGAUAUCAAGGAGGCGUUGAAUCGGCUGCCCCGUGAGAUUGUCGAUGCUCGUAACCAACGCCUUAAGCGUGCAAUGGAUCUCUCCAUGAAGCACGAGUAUCUCCCCGAAGAUCUUCAGAAAAUGCAGACUCCAUUUAGGAGCUAUCUUCAAGAUAUGCUUGCUCUUGUGAAGAAGGAGAGAGCAGAGCGAGAAGCAUUGGGAGCUUUGCCUCUGUAUCAGCGAACCAUUCCUUAAGGGUUUUCAUGCCAUAUCUCAUAGUCAUUGCUGUUGAAAUUUGUGUUUGAUUAUCUUUAUUUGCGUAUGGUAUUUUGAUAGCGGAAGUGGACUGAAUUUUUACAAUUCCUGGUUUGGUUGGUUUACACAGUCAUCUGUGUCAGUUUUUGAACUGAAUCACUUAUUUAGGUUUAAGUCUGUUGGCAGUGUCCCAAUAAUAUACAGAACUGUGAACCACAUUUUACACAUUCAAUGCACGCAAAGCAAUUCUAGAAUAAACAAA